AUGGGGCGACCCGUGAGUCCCGAGCUGACGUCGAUGAGCAAGAGGCAGAUCAAGAGCUCAACUGAGGCAGAUGCCGACAACCUUGGCUCCCAUUGUCCGUAUUGCAGUCGCUCUUUCGUAAGGAGCGAUGUUGCCCGUCGCCACAUCAAGACAUGCCCGGCCAAGGGAAACCGACCCAUGCCGCCCCAGAAGACACGGGGUGGCACUCGUCGAGCCUGUGACAACUGCGCCCGGAGCAAGAUUGCCUGCGACCGCAGCCCCAUCUGUUCUCCCUGCCGCAGGAGUAACCUGAACUGCUCGUACAUCCGCAUUCACAGCGCGACCCGCCUCCCGCCUCCGCCAACCCCAAGCCCGACUGUUAUUAACGGCUCAGCAUCUGCCUCCUUCUUACUCCGCUUUACAGACCCGCACGGUGGAGGCCCUCAAGAUCUUGUAACCCGGGACUAUAGUGAACACUCGCCUUGCCCUGCUCACCCAGACUUGUUCGUUGCAGAAGAACACGACGAGCUUUUCCCCAGCUUCUUCCUUAGCACUUGUGGCCAAGGUAGCCAAAACCCUACUGUUGACCAGCAAUCGGCACUGCCGACGAAACCCAGCAUACGCAGACUCGAGCAUCGUGCCAAGGAGCUGAUAUUUGAGCUGUCGUCACUCCACCAGCGGCUGCGUCAGCUCGACCCCGAAACCGUCCCAUUCUUCGACCCAGCUUUGGCCAGACAAGCCUUCACCGGCGCGAACCUGAACACCUUUAUUGGAGCCUCGUUCUUGCCCUUCCAACAGCAUAUUGCUGUUCUGCAUUGGCCAUCCUUCGACCCUGAAACUGCCUGCUUGCCCCUUUUGCUUGCCAUGUUCAUGGUAGGUUGCGUCUUUACCGCCCCCACCGAUGACGCCUUAUUGGCCCGCCAGUUUCUACAUAUCGCCGAAGAGUAUGUGUUCCGUGCCCCCAAGUUCCAAGCCUUGGUUGUCGAUGGCUCGGCUUCUUCGGUGAUGCAAGGUGACAAUCUGCUCGAAUACGUUCAGGCUGCUCUUCUCGUCAAUUCAACCCAAAUGAGCAUGCUGGACCAGCGAACCCGCCGUCGCAUCAGAACCCAGCGGCACCCAUCCAUCGUCACGGCUGUAAGAGCAUUGUCGGCAACGACAACGAAUGAACCCGCCUCAGAGUGGCAGGCCUUCAUUGCCUCUGAGCUCCACGUGCGCUGCCGCUACUCCAUCUUCCUCCAUGACGCCCUCUUCACCAUCCAAUUCAACAACACACCGUUGAUCCCCAUCUCCGAGCUCACUUCGCCGCUGCCUUGUUCAGCCGCGCUAUUUGAGGCAGAGAGUCCCGAAGCUUUCAACCGGCUUCGCAUGGCCACAGCCUCGACGAAGCAGCCGUCCUCUCUGGCAUCACUUGUGGCACUUCUCAUGCAGGCUCAUUGGGAUGCUUCCGACGAGGCCGAAGUCGAGGGCCUCUCCACCAGGCACAUGCUCGGCGCCAUAGCCGGUUCGUCCGAUCCGCCUGCUUACCAAAGCUAUCCAGCUGAUCCUCCGCCAGCUCUCAACACCCUUCUCUUUACCCUUCGCUCCAACAACCUUUUAAGGUUCAGCCAUGCCUCUCUCUCCGGUGCCUUGUCCCGUUGGAAGAAGAUAUGGAACUCGGUCAUGGCUCGUGCAUCUGCCGAUGAGCUUGGAUUCCUGCAGCAUGCAGAUGCCUUCUGGUGGUUCGCGACAGGCGUCUUGCGGCUUUUGGCAGCACAGCAGGAGGGCAGUUAUCGGCACUUGGCCGACAUGACUCCAAAAGACGACAUUGCCGACGUGCAUACUUUGGUCAAACGGAUGAAGGAUUCGGCAAUUGGUAAUGAUGAGGUCAAGGUUGGUCCGAGGCUCAUUGCUGAUAACACUAUCCCAAAGCUCACACCACCAGCGCUUCGACUAUCCAGGCGUCCUGGAUUCGAUCCAUCCAGGUGCCUGUUCCGGGCCCUGAGCCAGAAAACAAACCAGAAACUCGCAGCGCCGUCGAGCAGCUCCCUCCCCACCGCAAUACCCUUGCCGUCACAACAGCGAAAAAGCAAUGCCGUCGAGCACGUCCUCACCACCCUCGACAGCAUCACCAACUGGGCGCGCCAAGGCUCCUUCUGGCCGCUCUCGUUCGGCCUCGCCUGCUGCGCCGUCGAGAUGAUGCACGUCUCGAUGCCGCGCUACGACCAAGACCGGCUCGGCAUCAUCUUCCGCGCGUCGCCGCGCCAGGCCGACAUCAUGAUCGUGGCCGGCACCGUCACCAACAAGAUGGGCCCCGCGCUGCGCCAGUGCUACGACCAGAUGCCCGACCCAAAAUGGGUCAUCAGCAUGGGCAGCUGCGCCAACGGCGGCGGCUACUACCACUACAGCUACAGCGUGGUGCGCGGCGUGGACAGGAUCGUGCCCGUGGACAUCUACGUGCCGGGCUGCCCGCCGACGCCCGAGGCGUUGCUGUACGGCGUGUUUCAGUUGCAAAAGAAGAUGAGGCACACCAAGAUUACCCGGAUGUGGUACAGGAAGUAG